GUGGCGAUCAGAGCAAGUAGGGGUAGAGUGCGAGUCGAGUGACAGGUAGGAAGGAGCGCAGUUAGCCGACUUAGGUCUUGAUAUUGGCAAUGCACUGUGUGCUAGUGUUUUAUAUCCCUCUAGAUAUGAGCUAGCCAGUGAUAAUCAUCCCACUGCAUCCGGAGUUUAGGACUGAUACCGGUUAGGAAGAAAAGGGAAAGGGGUAGCUUCGGUCCGGGAGUGCCGAAGACCACAUCGCCGGCUUCCGGGGAUUCAGGGCAGCUUCGAGAAACAGCAGACGGCGGUCUUCGGAAGGGCGAGCAUCCAUUAGAUAUCAUUUGGAUAGACAACCACUGCUGUAGUGGAACCCGAAACAUGUCAAGAAAGGUCCACAGAACCGAAGUAUGCGCCGACUGCAGUGCACCAGGUGCGAUGAAAACUGAAACAAUGCGUUGUUUUAGUCUUUGAGAUGUGCUAGCUGGCGACAUUUAGGUGGGACGGCGGAGGCCUGUGCCCGCUGUCAGACAGUUGUACAAGAAAACGGCGCAGGUUCCCUGGCAGUUAGUUAGUCAGGCCUUUAAACGGAGUGAAAUUUGAAUUUUCAGUGCAUGUGGAUAAAUGAAGUGACUAGAAAGUUAUUUUGGUUUAUUUGAUAAGAAUCAUAUUCUGUGGAUGAGUGUGGCAGAUUUGUUUCGCCUGCUUGACUAGCUCGCUAGCCAGCCAAGUAACGUUAGACGUUUGUUUUUAUUUCUCUUGAUAGCUAACGUUAGCUAGCUAACGUUAGUUGGGUUAACCGCCACAUCUAGCUGGUAGCUAACUACCUAGCUUGCUAACAAAUGAGAAAGUGUCUGUCUUGUCUAGCUUGAAUAACUUGCUAUCACAGCUUUUUGUCUGUAAAGUUCGCUCUGUAGCUAGAACUGAGCUGGCCACACGGGCUAACUAGCUAGCUGGCUAUGUAGGUAGGUAGCUAGUUACAUUUGAAGACGCCAGGCUAACUAGCGGUGUAGUAUGUGUAGAUAGCUAGCUAGUGUGCUAACGUUCAGAGACAAUAACAUUAGCUGAACGUUGUUACUGAGUUAGCUAGCUAGCUAAAUUAUCAUAAAAUAGUAGUUGAAGCUAGUUGGUUAGCUAACUAGCUAGCUGCCUGCAACUAGCCAAUGCCAAUGGGUUAGCAAGCAGUGCGGCGCAGAGUAGGGGCGUUGAUAGUAGAAAUUGAGAAUAGUGAUUGAGUGAGUGCCUGUAAUCUGGACCCCUGACCUGUCUAGACUGCUCCAUCUGUAGGCAAAAAAACAAACACUUUUAGCUUAAUUCUUCAUGGCAUUUUUUUAGUAUGAGUUGCUCAUAAAAUCCUAAAUUGACUUGCAAAUUGCAAAUCAUGAAGACUACAUUCUCCAACUCAGUGUUUUUCUACAACAUUAUUGUGCCCCCACAACUCUGAUGUGAUGCCAACCUUGGCAUCCUGGCCCUCCCUGCAGGCAUAGCCUUGGCCUUGCACAUUUAGCCCCACCUGCCCCAAUGUUUUGGGGAAGAGGAGAGUUUGGAAUGGGGGUUGGGUGGGGUGCAUGGCAGCUGCUCUCUCCCUCACAGCUGCUCUUCCUUCAGGAAUGUGUUUCUGCUCUGUGAGCCUCUUCUGCACUAUCCCAGCUGAUUUAUGACACUCCUGACCAUCACUCAUCUGCAGUUACCUGCGUUAGCCUGGCCUGCUUGUAUACCUACUCUGUGUGUGUACUGUGCUGUUUCUUACUUACAGUCUACCAUCAGCUUUCCGCAGCCUCGGCUGCCCCUCCCCUUCUCGGCAGUGUGUGACUCCUUGCAACCCUCCACACUGGAAUAGCUACUGGACUCAUAAACAACCUCCAUAUUUUGGAAGAAUCAAAUAGCCACAAUAGGCUAUUAAAUAUUGUUCCUGCCAGUAUGCUCGUAAGGCAUAUUUGUUUUUCUGUCAUAAUAUGGUUAGAGUUUUAUGGGGUUGUCAUGGGCAGCACAGCAUGUGGUAGAACGCUAGACUGAAGAGAGGGCUAUAGCCUUAAGUAGUGUUGACUGUAGAUAUAGUGGUAAAAGAGACUAGAGUUGCCCCAUAUGCGCUGUGUCUGCCUGUGUGUGUGUAGCCUAGGUCAGUGUCUGUGUGAGUGCAUGCAUAUGAAAUCGCAUUAAGCGCUGCACACACUAAGUGGAAGUAAGUGUGGAAAUGGAGAGGAAGAGCGAUGGGGCUGUUCUGUGAAGCAUGAAUUAUGACGAGAUUUAACUUUUAGUGUCAAUGAAUGGAAUCUAUACCAAUGAAGAGUCCUGCUCCCCGCUCUUAACAUUUGGUUUAGCGCUCUGCUUUGUCCUGCUCAGCCAUGGGUACAAUCCCAACAAUGAAUUGCUGCUUUUCAUAGAUCAUAAUAUUUGAAAACAGCAGGCGUGCUUUGUUGAGUAUUGCCAAUAGCUAAUUGUUUCAGAAUUGUCCCUCAAGAACAGAUCUCUCUCUCUGCAUGUAUUUGCUCUGCCCCAGCCCAAUCUCUUAGGCUUGGCUCUUAGGCCUACCAUUUGAGAAAAAAACUAAUGCUCCAUUUAGUUCCUCGGAUAGAAUAGGCCGUUUGCACGUCUUACACAGUUAGCUUAGCCUAAUUGUAGCAGAAUCCUGAGGGUGUAGGCUAACCUUGCCCCAGCCAGACUUAAUUACUAGACUCUGUGGCGCAUGGUUCUCUCUGUGCCGACUGAACUCUGGACUUGUAUAGUAUGAUGAUCUCAUUACCACCUAAAGGCACAAUUGGGUGGUACUGGACUUUUAAAGGUCAGACUUGUAUUUAGGCUAUACAGUAUGACGCUAAUAAUAAUGGCGUUUUGUUGCGUUUUGUUGCUUUUUAUGGUCCCGAGAACUCCUUUUUAGAGUGUCAUUGUAAACUCCACAUGUCAGGCAAACUGUCAGCCUGUUUAUCACUCUCACAGCUAUUUGAUUAUUUUAAAUGUGUGCAGUAAACAAUAAUGUCAAAUAUUAGGCCUAACUUUAUUACCAGUGAAACAAAGCUAUAGGCCUAAUGAUGAACCUGAGAUAACCUAGACCUACCUAGUAGCCAGUUUUCAGAGGUGGGACUUUGCUAAAUAGCCUAAGUUGUACACACCUGACCCCCCCCCCCCCCGCCUCCUCCUCCUCUUUCUCAGUUGAUCUCUUUCUCUGUGUUUUCAGAUCCGGGCUGGACCAGCAUCAACAGGGGCGUUUUGAUCUGUGACGAGUGCUGCUCGGUGCACCGCAGCCUGGGACGCCACAUCUCCAUCGUCAAGCACCUGCGUCACAGCGGCUGGCCCCCUGCACUGCUGCAGGUACCUGGGGGGGCUGGGGAGGGACGAGAUAGGGGGCUGGUCUGGAGGGGGAGUGAGCACUGGGGAUCAUUACUGAUGGGUGUACAAGUAGCCUAGUAGCCCAGUAUUUGGCAAGUGGCUAAAUUAAGAAGUAACCAAAUUCAACCAAUGUAUUAGGCCUAUACCUGUUUAUUACAGAUUUAUAACAUGUAAAUCCAUAAACUAAUAAUUAACAGUUUAUAUUAUCGAAUCGCAAUACAUAUAGAAUCAUAUUGGCGCCUAAAUAUUGUAUCAUGAGGUCAAUGGCAAUUCCCAGCCCUAAUUUAUAUAUGUAUAUAUGUGUGUAUUGCGAUUCUCACGAUUCUAUAUGUAUUGCGAUUCGAUAAUACGAUUUUAUUGCGAAUUGAUGUUCCAAACAUAUUGCUCACUAUAUGUCUACUGCAGAGAGACGAGCGAGCAUGGAAAUAAAAGUGCUGAAAACAUGUUGGCUCACUAUUUAAAAAGAAGAUGGCGAUCAAGCUAUAGGAUGAAAAAUACCGGCGUUUUAGCGCAUGCACAGCCAACUUGCGUUAGCUAACGCUACCUAGAAAAACAAUUAAAUACAUUUAUUGUCCAAAAUAAUAUUGCAUUAUGUAACUAUCAAUUCCCCCCCCCCCCCCCCCCCCCCCAUCACUAAUAUAAAGUAAGUGUUACCUUACUGCUGGACAGAUAAGAUUUGAGAAUACUUUUGUUAGGAACUGUUUUUUUAUAAUUUUAUUUUUUAGUAUUUUCACUUUAUUCAGACAGGAAGGAAAUGAGUGGGGAGGGAGAUGCAGAGAGUGGCGCUGGGGUCGGGAUUCACACCCACACUUGGUGGUGUAUAAGUGCUGCAGGCGGUGCCGUUACCCACUACACCAGCCUCAGGCACAGGAGGAGGCUUUGAUUUGCUCUAAGAGGACGUUCCAAGCAAACAUUAGAUACUUUCAUGUUGGGGCUGUGUUGUCGUGUGUCUCACCAGUGUGUGUGUGUGUUUUAGAUGGUGCAGACCCUGGCCAGUAAUGGGGCUAACUCGAUUUGGGAGCACUCCCUGCUUGACCCAGCGCAGGUGCAGAGUGGCCGCAGGAAACCCAACCCACAGGACAAAGUCCAGUAAGUUUAUUUUUAUUUCACGUUUCACAACAUAUUUCACAAUACUUCAGAUGAGAUCCAAUUCUCAUUUACAAUGAUGACCUGGGUAGGAACAUUCCCUGCUUACCUAUAGUCUCUGUUUGUGUAACUCACUCUCCCCCACUAAGAUCUCAAGAGAUUCCUUUUCACUCGGUCAACUGUUAUAGUCCGAUCAGGCUAAUAAGCUUAUGUGUUAGAUGCAGCUCAGCCUUGGGUCAUUAGCUAGUAUCAGACUGUUAUGGGAUCAGAGAGGAUUUGUCCCUUGGCGUCUCCUGCUGCAAUGAUUCAUACAUACAGCUGAUGUCUUACCCAGUUUGUCCCUACCCUCGCCUCUCUCUGUGUGUGUGUGUUUGUGUGUGUGUGUGUGUACGUGUGUGCACAGCCCCACCAAGUCCGAGUUCAUCCGUGCCAAGUACCAGAUGCUAUCCUUUGUCCACAAGCUGCCGUGCCGAGAUGACGACGGUGUUACCACCAAGGACCUCAGUAAGGUGAGGCCUCGCCCCUUCAGGUCAGGGGUCAGAGGGUGACGUCCUUCACAGGCUGUGCUCGUCCACUCUGGGCCAUGGCUGGUGGGCCGGGCUGCCUCCCUCUGAGGCUCUACACACACACACACACACACACACACACACACACACACACACACACACACCACACACACACACAGAGCCUGCCUUUCUUCUUCUCUCCCCUGUAGACAGGAGGAAGCACUUAAUGGGCACCAACAGGCAUACUAAUGGAAGCCGCUGGUGGGGACCGUAUUAAACACCACUAAUGAGGGAGGUCAACGGGUCUCUCUCUCUCUCUCUCUCUCUCUCUAGCUCUCCUCUCUCUCUCUCUCCUCUCUCUCUCUCUCCUCUCUCUCUCUCUCUCUCUCUCUCUCUCUAUCUCUCUCUCUCCUCUUCUCUCUCUCUCUCUCUCUCUCCUCUCUCUAUCUCUCCUCUCUCUCUCUAUCUCUCUCUCUCUCUCUCUCUCUCUCUCUCUCUCUCUCUCUCUCUCUCUCUCUCUCUCAGCAACUGCACUCCAGUGUGAGGACGGGGAGUCUGGAGACAUGUCUACGGCUGCUGUCCCUGGGAGCACAGGCCAACUUCUUCCACCCGGUGAGACCCAUACCACCCCUACCCUCCCACCCCCUGUUACUGCAAAUUACCCACUUUCUCACCACUCACACUCCCAACCCCCUAUAGAGCAUCGGUCCAUUCGGUCUAUGCUGUGUCCAUGCUCCCUAAUUCCCUAUUUGAAGUAAUGAUGUGUGUGUCUGUGUGUGUGUAUAUGUUUGGUUGUCCUCUCAGGAGAAGGGCACCACUCCACUCCACGUGGCAGCCAAGGCAGGCCAGGUUCUGCAGGCAGAGCUGCUGGUCGUGUACGGAGCUGACCCCGGAGCCCCUGACAUCAAUGGACGCACACCCAUGGACUACGCCAGGUAGGCUACACCAGGGGUCUAUUAGUGUACACUGUUGCAAAACAUUUUGCAAUGGAAAAUGUUUUGCAAAGAAAACAAGGGUUUCUUAUUGGAAAAUUUCAGGUAGUCCCUUCCCGUUUUUGCCUGUUUGCUUUUGUUACUUGUGAAUAUACCCCUGGCUCAUUCUUGAGUAUACAUAAACACACAGUUUUGUGUGUGACUCUUUCAUAAGGUAGUCAGUGUGUUUUUUGUUGUUGCUGUAUUGUGUCAGUAAGCUAUGUCAUAUACAGUUAUAGGAUCUGAUCGUUGUACUGUGUGUGUGUGUGUGUGUGUGUGUGUGUGUGGCAGGCAAGCGGGCCAGGUGGAGCUGGCAGAGCGUCUGGUGGAGUGUCAGUACGAGCUCACAGACAGGCUGGCCUUCUACCUGUGUGGCCGACGCCCUGGUAGGUGACCUUUUACCCCUGCCAAGGACCUUACAGAGGGCUCAGAGUUUAAGCGAUAAUCAGCAAUCAAGUCGUUGAGAUCUCGCUUGGUGGGUGUAUCCUUCAAACAGCUAGCAUGACGGCAGUUUUGUUGUUAGCCAAUGUCAGAGCUUGCUAACAAGAGCUGCCCUCUCCCUAAAUCUGCAUAAUAUUGGGACAUUUUCAAUUCUGGUCACUAGUUCUCUCGUCGCUGUGUGUCUCCUCCUUCCAUUGAACAUGACUGAUUGGUGGUUGCUAGGUCGCUGAUUAUCGCUCCAAGAAUGGACCCACUGUUAGGCCUAACUAAUAAGGCGUCUUUCACUCAUUUAAUGUUUUACACAAUACAAUGAUUUCACUCCAUUGUACUCUGUCCUGCAGAUCACAAGAAUGGGCAUUAUAUCAUUCCUCAGAUGGCUGACAGGUAAGGGUCAAAGGGUCAUGUGUUCAGGGUCAACAUAGGAUGGGUGGGAGAAUGUGGGGAAUAUAUUUAUACAUCUGCAUGGUGGUUGAUAUUUAGUAUACAUAGGGGCAGUUUUUCAGACACAGAUUAAGGCUAAUCCUGGACUAAAAAGUGUUUUCAAAUUAGAUUCUCUAUUGAGCAUUAUUGUCUUUGACGUGACAUGAUAUUCUGGCAAUGCCUUUGAUUUUCUGGAAUCUCCAAUGAAAUGUUAUGAAUACCAUGUAAUAUUCUGGCACAAGUGAAGUAGCUAGGUGUAUUGCAGUGUUUUGACCAGUAGGUUGUGCCCUGCCGUUAGUCAGUCUGUACUGCUAGAGAGGAGAGGAAAGCCCCUGUUACAUUAGAUGUUGACUGCAUGUCUGUCUGCUCAGCUACAACAGACUUCUACAACACUGUUAUUACUGUACUGUACUAUACUCUGUACUAUACUGUACCAUACUCUGGGAGUCUACUCUUGUGAGCUGUGGAGAACUAGUGGGCGGUAUUCACAAAGCGUCUGAGUAGCUGAUCUAGGAUCAGUUUGACCUUAGAUAAUAAUGAAUAUGAUUAUAUAGACAGAGGGGGACCUGAUCCUACAUCAGCACUCCUACUCUGAGACGCUUUGUGAAUAUGGGCCCUGGUGUUGAUAUGGGGUUUAUCCCCCUCCCUCUCUCUCUCUUUUGCUUUCUACCUGUCUCUUUCUUGUCUCGCUCACUCGUUUUCUGUUCUCUCCAACUUUGCUGCGCUUGUGGAGGCAGAGCUCGCCCUAAGUGCCCGACACAGAGGUAUCUCUCUCUUUCUCUCUCACUCCCUCCACAUCCCCCCUUCUUCCACUUUUAUCCCAUGCGCUCAUCAUCUUCUCGCUGGUGUUAGGAAAGGAGGGAGGGAUUCCUGUAAUAUUCUGUCUACCUUUUUAUAUAGUAGUAUUACCUUUAUGAUAUCUUGAUUCAGUAGACAGUGAUGAGAGCCCUUUGCUUUUAAAUAGGAGGCUGGUAUUUUAUCCCAUUAUCAGGUUGGCUACUGUAUCUAGACCACCAGGACUAAUUUUAGAUAAUACAAGUACUUAGGCCUAUCGUUUUGAAUGUUGUCAAACUGAAAUGGAAGGAGCUACAGGUAACUGCCAAAAUAAAGGAAACACCAACAUAAAGUGUCUUAAUAGGGCGUUGGGCCACCACGAGCCAGAACAGCUUCAGUGCACCUUGGCAUAGAUCAGGGGUAGGCAACCCUGGUUCUGUUUUUCAUUUAACUGACCUGGAAGACCAGGUGUGUUGAAUUUAGGCAAUCACUGAACUGAUCAAUUAGCUUAAUUGGUUAGGUGUGGUGCGUAGUUGGAACAAACUCCAGCAGUACCUGCGGCACUCCAGGAACAGGGUUGCCUACCCCUGGCAUAGAUUCUACAAGUGUCUGGAACUCUAUUGGAGGAAUGCGACACCAUUCUGCCCCAAGAAAUUCCCCAAAUGUUGGUGUUUUGUUGAGGGAGGUGGAAAACGCUGUCUCAUGCCCCACUCCAGAAUCUCCCAUAAGUGUUCAAAUUGGGUUGAGAUCUGGUGACUGAGACGGCCAUGGCAUAUGGUUUGCAGCGUUUUCAUGCUCAUCAAACCAUUCAGUGACCACUAGUGCCCUGUGGAUGGGGCCAUUGUCAUCCUAUGGGGGCAUAGCCAUGGUUGCCAAUAUAAUAGCUGCCCAGUAUUUUUAUACAUGACCCUAAGCAUGAUGGGAUGUUAAUUGUUUCAUUAACUCAGGAAUCACACCUGUGUGGAAGCACCUGCUUUCAAUAUACUUUGUAUCCCUAAUUUACACAAGUGUUUCUAUUAUUUUGGCAGUUACCUAUAUAUUUCACCUGAUUAUCUACCAUGGCCCUCGUUCCAUGACCUAACACCCCUCCUGUCUCACCCCUCCCACCCACCACCCUGAGAAAACCCCCGUUCCAUCUCCUCCACCUCCUCACCGUUCUCUCCUCACCCCUCUCUCUCUCUGUUCGUGUCUGUGGUUGUUUUAUUGUGGCAUUUUGUCUGUCUGUGUCUCUGCGUAGCCUGGACCUCUCAGAACUGGCCAAGGCAGCUAAGAAGAAGCUCCAAGCGGUGAGUAGUGCUGGGUGGUCAAAGGGUAGGGGCCUUGGGUUAGAGUUAAGGCUCUAUCCGUCUGGUAGACUUCCUGGGUUGUGUUCAUUAGAACACACAAAGGAAAACAUUUUGAAACGUUUUCAAUUGAAAAGUCCCCUGGAGCUCAGUUGGUAGAGCAUGGCGCUUGCAACACCAGGGUUGUGGGUUCGUUUCCCACGGUGGGGCAGUAUGAAAAAUGUAUGCACUCACUAACUGUAAGUCGCUCUGGAUAAGAGCGUCUGCUAAAUGACUAAAAUGUCAAACAAAAAUGAGGAUUUCAUAUUGGACAAGUCCAGGUAUCCCUCUCUUUUUGUCUGUUUUCUUCCAUUUGAUGCCUAAUGCACACGGCCCAGAUAAUAACCUGAAGCAGUGGGCCAUGUCUGUAUCAGUGACUCUAAUUGUCUAUGACUUUCUCCAUUUCCUGUGUAUGGUAAAUCAAUUCUCCUUUGGCUCAGGCAGCAAAAGGACGGAGCCUUUUAGUGUAGUGCUGCUGUUUGUGUUGACAGUAUUGCUGUACAUGAUUGUCCUGCAGGUUGCACUAUUAUUCUAACCGUGUGUGUUGUAUAUAUUUUUUUCCCUCUCUGGUAUUUGCUCUUUUGAUGUGUUUGUCUUGGUCUGUCUGCGUCCCAUAAAUGUCCUGUGUGUGUGUGUGUGUGUGUGUGUGUGUGUGACAGCUGAACAAUCGAUUGUUUGAAGAGCUGGCCAUGGACGUGUAUGAUGAAGUGGACCGCAGGGAGAACGAUGCAGGUGAGAAACCCCCCUCCUCCUCUUCUUCUCCUCUCCUGUGGAACCCAUCCCCUGCUUCUCCCUCUCCUCCACCUCUCUCUAGAUCUCUCUAUCCCGCACCUCUUUCUGUCUUUGCCUUUUUGAGUCAUGGAAUCGGUUUGGGCCACUCUGGGUGCGUGUCCCAAAUAGCAUCCUAUUCCCUAUAAAGUGCACACCUUUCCACCAAGCCCUGGUCAAAAGUAGUGCACUAUAAAAGGAAUAGGGUGCCAUUUGGGACGUAGCCCCAGUGUAGGCUGUUCCCCGGGAGAAGGAGUCACUGUUUAGAAAGGAAACAUAAAAAAACGCAUAUACAAAGUCUGUAAAAGGGCACUGGGUGAGGUCUAAAACUAGAGAGGGAGAGAGAGAGAGAAAAAGGAAGGCAAUUUAGAGGGAAGGAGCGAGUUGGAAGGAGAGAGCGAGUUGGUGUGCCUCAGGAAUUCUGGAGUCUCUCUCUCUUUCACUCUCCUCCCUCCCUCGCUCUCUCUCAGAAGCAGGAGCAGUCGCAGACUGCGUUGUCUGACAGAGACUCCGCAGGUAAGCAGGAUGGGGUAGAGGCAGAGAGCUGGACACACACACACAUUAUUAUAUUACACACACAUACAUGCAUACACACAUGCACACACAUAUCUAGGUAUAGCAGGACAUUCUAGGAGGAGAGAAAAUGGGUAAGUCUGUAACUGGUCUGUUCCAGUGGAGCUGUGCACUGUGUGUAUAUGAGGCAGGCAGGCAGGGUGUGUUGCUGACCUUGUUUCUCUCUCACUCACACAUCAAUGUAUAAUACCGCUUUCUCGCUUUCUUUCUCUCCUUCCUUUCCCAGUGUGGCUGACGACUCAGAACCACAGUACUCUGGUGACGGAGCGCAGCGCGGUGCCCUUCCUGCCUGUCAACCCCGAAUACUCAGCCACACGCAACCAGGUAACUACUACUAUCACUCACACACACACACACACACAAAACAAAGUUUGAUGACUGCCAGCAAAUGCUAAAAUAUCUUAGUUUCUAAGCGUAUGUAUCCUUCUCCAACUGCUGCGUAGGCUUAGUGAUGACAGCAGGCUGAAGGUGAUGCUAGUCACAGAGACACAGGCAGGCAUUAGAAGGGACUAUGGAGAAAUCCUCCUAGAGCACAACAGAUUUUAAAACAGGAACAAAAGAGGAGAACAGAAGGGCAGACGAGGAAAGUCUGGGCUGAAAUGGAGAGAGCGAGAGCGAGAGAUGAAAGAUCACGUUCUAUUAAUCGUUUUGUGGCUGCACCGGGAUGUCUGAGCUUCUGCCCUGGCCAGUGGGAGAUGGAGAGAGAUUUUCCAGCUGUGGAGGAGAGGGGAAACGAAAGGGUGUGUGUGUGUCCUCCCUCAGUUGGCUAGCUCAUUAGUGUAAACAUGGGCCUUAACACAUCACCACAGUGAGAUCCCCAGCUAGGAUUGGAUUGAAUAGUGUUGGAGCCAGCUGACUGGUCAGUAGUAGUGUUUAUGUUUCAUGCAAGAGAGACUGAGGGAGAAAACACACACACGACAGUGUGCUCACGGUUGGACCGUGUUUAGAAUUGAAACCACAUGGAUACAAAGCCUGCAUUUUUGUCCCCUUAUGCAAACGCAAACAUGCGAAUUGCUAGGUGCAAUGUUUAGUGUGUGUGUGCCUCUGUUACUAUGAUCAACUGUAGCGCCUAUGACUCUGCUUUUCCACACCACAUGACCAGUGACCACAGGACUGCAAUACCAGAGACUGUGGCUCCAAUCUGUGUUUGCUUGAAUAAUACACCAACAAAUGUCUGAACUCAUUUUGCCCCUGUAAACCUACGUCUAUGCGUCGGAGGGUUUUUCAGCACUCAAUAAUUAAUGCGUGUCCCCUGUCUCUUUUUCUCUUUCAGGGUAGACAGAAGUUGGCCCGUUUCAACGCUCGUGAGUUCGCAACGCUAAUCAUCGACAUCCUGAGUGACGCCAAGAGGAGGCAACAGGGGAAAGGCCUGAGCAGCCCUACUGGUGAGAGAGGUGUGGAGGAGAGGACCGAGGAAGGGAGAAGAGAGGAGGGGGGAGGGGAGCAGAGGGGAGAGGAGAGGGACUGAGCCAGUUCAAACACGGUCUUUAUGAAUUACAUAUGCUCUGGACAUUAAUCUGUUUUAGCAUGCACUUCAGUCAAUCCAUCCAUUUCAAUGUAUGAGUGAAAAGGGGAAGUUACUGAGAUGUAUUUUAAAUGGCGGGGUUGGGGUUGCCUGGUUGUGUCAUGGUUAAGUCAUUACUAGUUGAGUUACUUAUUACUAGUUUUCUUGAUUUUUCUGUGGCUUAAUCUCAAUACGUCUUUCUGCAAUUCCUCACAUCCUGUCUCCUCGCCUUCUUCUCAACUGCAUACAAGGAAAAGGUACAAGUUCCCUCCACUUGGACUUUGUUCUCAAUGCAUUUUGAGAAGGAAGCGAGGAAUCGAGGAAAGAUGAAUUGAGAUUGAGCCAAGGCCUAUGUUGUUGCUCUGCUCUGAUCCAUCCCUGUAGACUCUAGUCUGGACCUGGGGGCCGAUGACGACCAGCAUGACUACGACAGCGUAGCGUCAGAUGAGGACACGGACAGCGAGCUGACCACUCAAAACAACAACAACACGCAGCGCAACAACCGGGCCAAGGUGAGGACAGAAGGGCACAGAAGGACGGCAGGGUUGUGUUCAUUAGACAUCAAACGGAAGCAAACGGGCCCAAACGAGGAGGGACCUACCUGAAUUUGUCCAAUGGGAAGCAUUUUGCACCGGUUUGCACUAAUGAAUACACCCCCAGGGUUGUGUUCACUAGGCACCAAGCAGCCUGAAACAUAGUGAAAAGGGGAGGUACUAUUCAAACUGGCCUAAUAAGAAGUGCUUGUUUUCUUUUCCCAUUGCAAACCAUUGUGCAAUGUUUUUCUUUACAGGCCAACAUUAGAGUACCAGAGAACAGCCAAAGUAUUCCCCUUAAACCCAGUAAAUAAAUGGAUAAAAUGUGUACUGAGAGAAAUGGAGGAGAGAAGGGGUUGAGCAAAGUGACCAGGAAGUGGUCCUGUGCUCCCAGCCCUGCUUUGAGUUAUUAGAGACCCUUCAGAUCAGGGUGUUACGGUUCUCUAAGACCGAACCCAGAAGCAGACCAGGACAAGGUGAGUUGAACGAAUGAGAGUGUUUAUUUACAGAUAAAAGAUGCAGAAUAGUCCAGGAGACGGAGCGGGUGGCGGAGAUGAGUAGGUGGUGGUGAAGUGGCAGAUGAACUGAUUGGCACGGCAGGGGUUGGGUGAAGGUUCCGGGAGAAUGAUUGUAGACAGAACAAACGGAGGUAAGUACAAGGCAGGUCAACAAGGUGCAAAAAACAACAAAACUAACGCUAGUACUCAGAGGCUGAUACGCUGGCAAAACAUACUGUUUAUGGCUAACGAUCCGGCAGGGAAUGGAUGUCAGGUCAGAGCUUAUGAAGGGGUGAUGAUCAGGACCAGGUGUGCCGAAGCUGAUGAGAAGCAGGUGCGGGUAAUCGAGAGAUCACCCGCCUAGCAACGUCGCCCGGCAACCGGACAGGGUGCGUUCAAGCACCUUCGGGAAACAGGAGAUUCAGAGCAGAAAAACGGCAACACAGGCAGGAACAGACUCAGGACGCAGGGUUCAUGACAGUACCCCCCCCUCCGACGAACGCCACCGGGCGGACUACCCGGAGCGCCAGGAUGGAGGCGGUAGAAGUCACGAAGGAGGUCAGCAUCAAGGAUCUGACGCCGAGGAAUCCAACUCCUCUCCUCAGGACCAUAUCCCUCCCAGUCCACGAGAUACUGGAAACCCCGGCCCCGCCGUCUGGAAUCCAUGAUGCGGCGCACCGUGUAGACAGGACCUCCUCCGAUCAUCCGAGGAGGAGGAGGAGGAGGAGGAGGAGGAGGGGGCAACAGCGGGCUGAGGAGAACAGGCUUGAGGCAGGAGACAUGGAAGGUGGGAUGGACUCUGAGCGUACUAGGCAACUUGAGUCGAACCACAACAGGAUUAAUCACUCUCUCCACCACAAACGGACCAAUGAACCUCGGCGACAGUUUCCUUGACUCAGUCCGCAGAGGAAGGUCCCGUGUAGCCAACCAGACCCUAUCUCCGAUUGCAUAAGCGGGGGCUGGAAUACGGCGACGAUUCGCCUGGAGCUGAUACCGGUCAGAAACUCUGAGGGCCUUUCUGGCCCGAUGCCAGGUCCGGUGGCAACGACGAAUGUGGGCCUGGACAGAGGGAACCGAGAGAUCUUUCUCCUGAGAAGGAAACAAGGGGGGUUGGUAGCCGUAUAGGCACUGGAAGGGAGACAUCCCAGUGGCAGAAGUAGGGAGAGUAUUGUGAGCAUACUCAACCCAAGGCAAUUGAGAGGCCCAAGAGGUGGGGUUGGAGGAAACAAGGCAGCGCGGCGUGGAUUCCAUCUUCUGGUUGGCUCUCUCCAUUAGAUUGGGGGUGAAAUCCAGAUGUGAGACUGACUGUAGCUCCAAUGGCCAAACAGAAGGAUUUCCAGACAGCAGAGGUGAACUGAGGGCCACGGUCGGAAACUAUGUCACUGGGCAAUCCGUGGACCCUGAAAACCUCCCUAACCAGGAUCUUGGACGUCUCAGAGGCAGAGGGAAGCUUGGAGAUGGGCACAAAGUGGGCGAACUUGCUGAAUCGGUCCACAAUAGUCAGAAUGACCGUGUUCCCCUCAAGAGGGCAACCCAGUGACAAAGUCCAGAGCCAGAUGCGACCAUGGUCGCCGGGGGAUCGGUAGGGGGUGAAGAAGUCCAGAGCUGGGCCGAUUGGCACUCUUGUUCUGCGCACAAACUGGACAGGCAGCAACAAACCUCCGAGUAUCUUCUCCCAUGGCAGGCCACCAAAAUCGUCUGCGUAGAAGCGCCAUCGUCCGAGCCACGCCAGGGUGACAAGCCAUCUUGCUGGCGUGGGACCAUUGGAGGACAGCCGAACGAACCGACUCAGGCACAAACAACCGACCGGGUGGACCGUUACCGGGGCCGGGCUGCGUCCGAAGGGCCGCCAUAACCUCCUCCUCAAUCCUCCACAUAACGGCUCCCACGACAAGGUUCCGGGGAAGAAUCGUCUCAGUCUUGGCCCCACUCUCCUCCGUCUUGGAGAACAUCCGGGACAAGGCGUCCGCCUUGCCGUUCUUAGACCCCGGUCGGAACGUCAAGGAAAAAUUAAAGCGUCCAAAAAACAACGACCACCUGGCCUGACGGGAGUUGAGACGUUUAGCCGAUUGCACGUAAGCAAGAUUCUUGUGGUCAGUCCAGACAACAAACGGUUGCUCCGCCCCCUCCAACCAGUGGCGCCACUCCUCCAAGGCAAGUUUCACCGCGAGAAGCUCCCGGUUACCCACAUCGUAGUUCCUCUCCGUAGACGAAAGACGACGAGAGUAGUAGGCGCAGGGAUGGAGUUUACCGUCAGUUCAGCAUCUCUGGGACAGGAUGGCGCCAACCCCCACAUCAGACGCAUCCACUUCAACGACAAACUGACGGGCAGUGUCAGGUUGAGAGAGAAUCGGAGCGUUGGUGAAUAGCCUCUUCAAAUCCAGAAAUUGCUCGGUCCGCCUCAGGAUUCCAACUGAAGGUUCUGGGACUAGAAGUCAGGGCAGUUAAAGGAGCGGCCACACGGCUGUAAUCACGGAUAAAUCUCCGAUAGAAAUUCGCAAACCCCAGAAACCUCUGGAGCUGCAAUCUCGUACCGGACUGGGCCCAAUCCAGAACCGCCCUAACCUUCUCUUGGUCCAUCCUAAUCUCUCCCCUGGAGAUGAUGUACCCGAGGAAGGAUGUAGUGUGGGCGUGAAAUUCACACUUCUCGGCCUUCACAAACAGGCGAUUCUCCAGCAAUCGCUGCAGAACCUGCUUGACAUGCUGGACGUGGCUGGAAGGCUCCUUCGAGAAGAUAAGAAUGUCAUCCAGGUAAACGAACACAAAAAGACCGAUCAUAUCUCUCAGGACGUCAUUCACCAUACUCUGGAACACUGCUGGGGCAUUGGUCAGUCCAAACGGCAUCACCUGAUACUCGAAAUGACCCAUCGGUGUAUUGAAACCAGUCAACCACUCGUCCCCCUCUCUGAUCCGGACCAGAUGAUACGCAUUGCGUAGGUCCAGCUUGGUGAACACAGUAGCACCCUGUAAGGAGUCGAAAGCAGAGCUCAUCAAGGGCAGGGGAUACUUGUUCUUGACCGUGAUAUCAUUCAACCCCCGAUAAUCAAUACAAGGUCGAAGAGAGCCAUCCUUUUUACUCACAAAGAAGAAUCCUGCCCCCAGGGGUGAUGACGAGGGACGAAUGAGACCAGCAGCUAGGGACUCCUUUAUGUAGGUCUCCAAAGCCUCACGUUCAGGUCGGGAGAUGCUGUAUAACCGUCCCUUGGGAUAGGCAGCUCCAGGGAACAGGUUUAUGGCACAAUCAUAUGGUCGGUGGGGAGGGAGUGACAGAGCCCUCUGCUUACUGAACACUUCCCCCAAAUCGUGAUAUGUCUCGGGAACCAGGGACAAAUCUGGGGGGUUAGCCUCAAUCACCUGACUGGGAACAGAAUGGGAACAGGCAGUCUUGAGGAAGUUAGCAUGACAAUCAAUGCUCCAACUAGUUACCUUGCCAGUCACCCAAUCGAACGUGGGAUUGUGUUCUUUCAACCAGGUGUAUCCAAGGACCAGAGGAACAUGGGAAGAAGGCAGAAUGAAGAAUGAGAACCUCAGAAUGAUUCCCUGACAACAGCAUCUUAACCGGUUCAGUCCUCAUCGUGAUACGUGCCAGACUACUGCCGUUCAGAGUGGUAGCUUCAAUGGCUUCCGGUAAUCGCUCCUUGGAAAGCCCCAGCUGUUCCACCACGUCGGCAUCAAUAAAGCUUCCAUCGGCACCUGAAUCGACGAAAGCGUUAAUCGCUAAACUCUGAUUCCUGUUCAUGAGGGUAGCCGGGAAACGGGGUCUGACAGGGGUAUUGAGAGGUUGAAACUGGCUCGCUAAAAGUCCUCCCAACUUUAGCGAGCCAAGCAGUUUGACGGCCGCUGGGAACAAGUGGAGAUGUAAUGUCCCGAACUACCACAGUAGAGGCAGCGGUUGGUCUUACGUCUAUGUUGGCGCUCCUCCUUGGUUAACCCGUGCCGCCCCACUUGCAUGGGUUCAGAAUCUGGAGGCAGGACCUCUCCACUAAUCCCGUGUGGUGGACAAUGAUCGACGCAUUCUGGUCCACCUCCUGACCCGACUGGAAACUGAGAAGCUGAUUGAUUGGACGGGCCCCAUUGCUUCUCCCUCCUUCUCUCUCGAACUCUGUUAUCCACCCGAAUAGACAAAGCUACCAAACUGUCCAGGUCACUAGGCUCCGGAUAGGAGAUCAACUCAUCCUUGAGUUGCUCCGACAGCCCCUGGUAAAAGGCCGCUUGCAGUGACUCCUCAUUCCACCCACUCUCCACAGCCAAUGUCCUGAAUUCGACUACGAAGUCGGCAACGCUGCGAGUUCCUUGGCGAAGAGAAAACAGGCGCUUAGCUGCGUCCUUACCUCAGACUGGAUGGUCAAACAGCUUCCUCAUCUCUGCCGUGAACUGCUGGUAUGACGCCAUGCAGGUGUCCUGUCGUUCCCAUACGGCUGAAGCCCACUCCAGGGCUCUACCACGCAGCAAUUCAAUAACAAAGGCUAUCCUAGCCUUGUCUGUGGCGUAAGAGUGGGGCUGUAGAUCGAACACUAAUCCACACUGCAUAAGAAAGGAACGGCAUCUUCCCAAAUCCCCUUCAUACUUCUCAGGCGUCGGAACCUUGGGCUCACUGAAGGGCACAGCUCCAGAAGCGGCAGGCGAGAGAGGUGAAACCGGUGGUGGAUUCUCCACUGGCAAACUGAGCUGAGCCUGGAUCUUCGUCAGACUGGCAGAAAAGUUCCGAACCGAUAACGCUAUCUCCUGUAGCGCCGUGCUGUGUUGUCCCAACAUCAUCUCCUGAUGGGUAAUGGCAUGGCGAACAGAGUCCAGGUCCGCUUGGUUCAUUUAUGGCCGGAUCGUUCUGUCACGGUUCUCUAAGACCGAACCCAGAAGCAGACCAGGACAAGGUGAGUUGAAUGAAUGAGAGUGUUUAUUUACAAAUAAAAGAUGCAGAAUAGUCCAGGAGAUGGAGCGGGUGGCGGAGAUGAGUAGGUGGUGGUGAAGUGGCAGAUGAACUGAUGGCACGGCAGGGGUUGGGUGAAGGUUCCGGGAGAAUGACUGUAGACAGAACAAACGGAGGUAAGUACAAGGCAGGUCAACAAGGUGCAAAAAACAACAAAACUAACGCUAGUACUCAGAGGCUGAUACGCUGGCAAAACAUACUGUUUAUGGCUAACGAUCCGGCAGGGAAUGGAUGUCAGGUCAGAGCUUAUGAAGGGGUGAUGAUCAGGACCAGGUGUGCCGAAGCUGAUGAGAAGCAGGUGCGGGUAAUCGAGAGAUCACCCGCCUAGCAACGUCGCCCGGCAACCGGACAGGGUGCGUUCAGGCACCUUCGGGAAACAGGAGAUUCAGAGCAGAAAAACGGCAACACAGGCAGGAACAGACUCAGGACGCAGGGUUCAUGACACAGGGUCCAUACGUAUCAAGCGUCUCAAAAUAGGAUUGCUGAUCUAGGAUCAGGUCACCCUGUCCAUAUAAUCAUAUUCAGUGUGAUUUAAAAGGCAAAACUGAUCCUAAAUCAGCACAUUGUUCUUCUUAGCUUCUUCUAGUGAUUGCAGUAUUAUCCCCAGCAGUAUCUUCCUCCCCGCCUGUCCCAGCAUGCCUUGCGGGAGUGGCAGUGCUGCUGCUGCUGCCACAUACUUCCACAGUGACAUCACAGCUAUUCUGGGUCUUCAAUCAGAGGAGCAUUGUUCUACGAGCAGGGGAGGGAGAGGAGGGAGAGAGGGUGGUGGAAACUCUGUUAAAGCAGGCUCCCACAGCCACAGGACGUGGUGGAAACCCUGUUAAAGCAGGCUCCCACAGCCACAGGACGUGGUGGAAAAGCUGCUGUAAAAUGAGAAUGUAAGGUCCACUGUGUGAAGAAGCUCGGUUCUGGUGUGAUACAGACAGGAGCUCUGUGCUUCUCAGAUAUGGCUGAGCUGUGAAUGGACGUGGAUGCUGUUCAUAGUCAUUUCCAGUUGAGAAGAGAUUUCUCAAAUAUGGUUUCAGUGUUGAAUGUGAAAAGAUUGUUAUUUUAAGCUGUGCUCAGACUUCUCCAUUUACUGCUAAGAGUGAAAUCGAGUGCAGCUUAUUGCUCAGACAAUAGCCCACAUGUAAACGACUCCCGAAUUCAUGUGUGUGUGCGCAUUUGUAUGUGUGUGUAUUUUAGAUUAUUUUAAUUAUAUUUCUAUGUUGUGUGUGUGUGUGUGUGUCCCCUCAGAGCAUGGACUCAUCUGACCUGUCGGACGGGCCCAUCACGCUGCAGGAGUACCUGGAGGUUAAGAAGGCCCUGGCUUCCUCCGAGGCUAAAGUUCAGCAGCUGAUGAAGGUCAACAACAACCUGAGUGAAGAGCUGCACCGGCUGCAGAAAGAGGUAGGGAGAGGAGGAGAUAGAGGGAGGUAUGGACGGGAGGAAUGGAUAGGGUGAUGGAGGGAGAGAGUUAGGUCAAGUAGUAGGGAGGGCAGGAUGGAGGGAAGCAUGCAUGAUAGAAAGACAGGAGGAAUUUCAAUAUGUCUACAAGUUGAUGUGUUAUUAUGCACCAAGAUGUGUUUUUUAAAUUCUAUUUUUACACAAGUUAGUAGAAGAUGUAUCCUUUCUGCCUCAGUAUAUUAGUGUGUUUUCACUAUCAGUGUUGGUCUAGUCUGCCCAGAGCUGUCCUUAUACUGUAGUAAGCCAAUUGUGCAGCUCAGAACAGUAUCUGUUAGUUUUGGUGUAAGCACUGCAGCACUGUUCUUCAGUGUGUCAAAUAUCAGGUUUCGAUCCCAUCUGUUGUUAUGCCAUAUUUUGUCACUUUGUUUCGGUUCCGUCUCCAUGGCGGUAUUGUUGUUUUGUUCUCAUGAAUGCCUGAGCUAUUGUCCCAUGUCUAUCCCAUCACUCAUGUCUAACACCAGGAGAAAUACCAACCCCUAGACACACACACGUCAGCCCCUGCACACACACUUGAAAAAAACAGUUAUCUUCCAGUGUUGAUAGUUUGACAGGUACAUACAGGUAAAACAAUAACACAGUGUCGGUGAGAGCAGCCAUGUGUAGUUUCCUUCUUUUCCAAGAUACUAAAGAUCAACCCCCAGUACUGCCAAUAUGUAUGUUUAUUUGGUUAAGAUACAGUGCAUUCGGAAAGUAUUUAGACCCUUGACUUUUUCCACAUUUUGUUAUGUUACAGGCUUAUUCUAAAAUUGAUUAAAUUGUUUUUUCCCUCAUCAAUCUACACACAAUACCCCAUAAUAAAGCAAAAAAAAAUAAAAAAAAUAAUGAAAUAUAACAUUUACAUAAGUAUUCAGACCCUUUACUCAGUACUUUGUUGAAGCACCUUUGGCAGCGAUUACAGCCUCGAUUCUUCUUGGGUAUGACGCUACAAGCUUGGCACACCUGUAUUUGGAGAGUUUCUCCCAUUCUUCUCUGCAGAUCCUCUCAAUAUCUGUCAGGCUGCACAGCUAUUUUCAGGUCUCUCCAGAUAUAUUUUAUCGGGUUCAAGUCUGGCUGGGCCACUCAAGGACAUUCAGAGACUUGUCCUGAAGCCACGCCAGCGUUGUCUUGGCUGUGUGCUUAGGGUCGUUGUCCUGUUGGAAGGUGAACGUUCGCCCCAGUCUGAGGUCCUGAGCGUUCUGGAGCAAGUUUUCAGCAAGGAUCAUCUCUGUACUUUGCUCCGUUCAUCUUUCCCUAGAGCCUGACUAAUCUCCCAGUCCCUGCCGCUGAAAAACAUCCCCACAGUAUGAUGCUGCCACCACCAUGCUUCACCGUAGGGGUGGUGCCAGGUUUCCACCAGACUUGACACUUGGCAUUCAGGCCAAAGAGUUUAAUCUUGGUUUCAUCAGACCAGAGAAUCUUGUUUCUCAUGGUCUGAGAGUCCUUUAGGUGCCUUUUGGCAAACUCCAAGCGGGCUGUCUUGUGCCUUUUACUGAGGAGUGGCUUCCGUCUGUCCACACUACCGUAAAGGCCUGAUUGGUGGAGUGCUGCAGAGAUGGUUAUCCUUCUGGAAGGUUCUCCCAUCUCCACAGAGGAACUCUGGAGCUCUGUCAGAGUGACCAUCAGGUUCUUGGUCACCUCCCUGACCAAGGCCCUCUCCCCCGAUUGCUCAGUUUGGCCGGGUGGCCAGCUCUAGGAAGAGUCUUGGUGGUUCCAAACGUCUUCCAUUUAAGAAUGAUGGAGGCCACUGUGUUCUUGAGGGCCUUCAAUGCUGCAGAAAUGUUUUUGUACCCUUCCCCAGAUCUGUGCCUCGACACAAUCCUGUCUCUGAGCUCUACGGACAAUUCCUUCAACCUCAUGGCUUGGUUUUUGCUCUGACAUGCACUGUCAACAGUGAGACCUUAUAUAGACAGUUGUGUGCCUUUCCAAAUCAUGUCCAAUCAAUUGAAUUUACCACAGGUGGACUCCAAUCAAGUUGUAGAAAAAUCUCAAGGAUGAUCAAUGGAAACAGGAUGCACCAGAGCUCAAUUUCGAGUCUCAUAGCAAAGUUGUGAAUACUUAUGUAAAUGAGGUAUUUCUGUUUUGUAUUUGUAAUACAUUUGCAAAAAUUCGAAAAACCUGUUUGUGUGUAGAUUGAUGGAAAAAAUAAUUUAAUCAAUUUUAGAAUAAGGCUAUAACGUAACAAAGUGUGGAAAAAGAGAAGGGGUCUGAAUACAUUCCGAAUGCACUGUAACCCAGUAUGUUGUUACACCCACUAGAUCCACAGACUAGCCAGUUUAACCCCUUAUAUCUAUAGACUAUAGAUGGCCUAUAGACUCCCUAUAACCCCAUUAGUCUUACCUCCAUCCAUACCUAGUAUGUGGCUAGCUAAAUGAAGCGCCCUGUACAGUACUUGUGUAUGUGGAUGCUUGUCCGUGUGACCUUUGACACAUUCAGGUGACCCUCCUCCCCUCCCCCGUCCCCACCUCUCCCCGUAGAUCUCGCGGAUGCAGACGGAGAACAGUGCGUUGCGGGGGGGCCAGGUCGGAGGAGGAGGGGGAGCUGGCGGUUUGGGAGGAGGGGGAGGCGGCAGCCCGGCACAUUGGCCAGGGGGGGUGAGAGGCGGAGGAGGGGGAGGUAGGGGAGGGGACCACUCCAGCCUAGCCAUGUCCUCAGCGACGCCCGCCCACCGGAGGGACAGACAGGCUUUCUCUAUGUACGAGCCAGGGGCCGCCACCCCUAAGCCCCACUCCCACUCCCCGGGCCUGGACUCCCUGACGGACCGCCUGCAGCCUCUGCACCCCAGUGUAAGUGUGAGCAACGCCACGGCCCCCAGAUGGCCAUGGUGGUGGUGAUGUACACCACCCGCCCUCUCUGUCUCUACUGCUGCCUACCUCCUCUACUGCUGUCUGGCAUGCACACACCGCUCACCAGUGGAGCGCACCUCUACUUUAACCCCUAACCUUUGAUCCCCAGCCUCUACCGCUGGCACAAAGCUUUCUGGGCCAGAUGCUGCACGCAGGCACCUGUCCCAAAUACAUACAAAUACAGAGCCUUCGACACUGUAGCAAAUCACUCUUCGCCUCCACUCACUUUACAUGAGUUUAUCCCUUAGAUUGAGGCUUCUUUGAGUGUAGAAUGUCGUGUUUUUAAGCUAAGAUGGCAGGUAUCUUUCCCACCAUUGAUGAGUGAAGAUGUACUAACCUUAGACACUCCCCUAUGAUAGCUUUCCCAUUCCCUACCUCUAGUGUGUGCAGCACAAGCAUGAGGCGUGUUAGUAGUUUGUCCUGCACUGUUAGCCAAUAGCCAUACACACUUCUCAAUGGAUCCUUCAAGGCACUGUGUCAGUCACUGACCCACUCGGUCACAGUGGAACUAAGAGCGCAGGCUGACUUACACGAAUGUCAGCCGUGCUAGGAUCACCUGUUGGGUGUGUUGACAAACAGUGGCAAUUCAACAUGUGGAAAUGAACAGAAAAUGACGGCCGAUGUUCUGUGGUCAGAGGCGAUAGGACGGCCACCAGCUGCACAGGGCCAGUUUGUGUACAUACGGCCAGUUUGUGUACAUACGGCCAGUUUGUCGCAUUCUGUGUACAUCCAUCUAUCUAUCCUGUCUGUCUUUAAUUGUGCUCAUUGUUGCAUUCAACCUUUACAUUCCAUUAUCCAUGCGGGUGAUGCAAAAUCCCAGUGCAUAUAUCAGUUUGGUUUAUCCUUGCAUUUUUCCAUGUUUCUUUUAGUUUGUAUUCUGUAGGGCAUUACAGCGUAGCAAUUAGCAAAUGCACAAUUUCUUAUUGUGUAGUUUGUAAAAAAAGAGAGAGUUAGAGAUUUCAAUAUGCCAGGAUGGCGCAGUGGUCUAAGGCACUGCAUCGCAGUGCUAGCUGUGCCACUAGAGAUCCUGGUUCGAAUCCAGGCUCUGCCGUCGCCGGCCGCGACCGGGAGACCCAUGGGGCGGCGCACAAUUGGCCCAGCGUCGUCCAGGGGAGGGGAGGGAAUGGCCGGCAGGGAUGUAGCUCAGUUGAUAGAGCAUGGCAUUUGCAACGCCAGGGUUGUGGGUUCGAUUCCCACAGGGGGUAUGAAAAAAAUAAAAUAAUGUAUGCACUAACUAACUGUAAGUCGCUCUGGAUAAGAGCGUCUGCUAAAUGACUAAAAUGUAAAUGUAAAAAUAUAUGUAGAUUAGGUUGUUUACAAUGUGUUUUUCUGUGUAUGUCUUGCAUUGUUGCUAAUAAGGAAUUUCUAAGUUAUUUUUUAAGAUGACAUGGCUAUACUGUAUAUUAUUAAUUUAAAAGUAAAAGAAUAGAUGAACCAAUCCCAGAUUGCCCCUUUUAUAGUUGUACAGUUUUAACCCCUUCAUAGAUAUUGGGCCACACGGUGGUAAAACCCAGUGCUCUGUUGAAAAGCACAGAUGACAAUGACUUCAUUGUAAGUACAUUAUUUGUGUAUCCUAAAGCAUAUGCCAGCAUACAAAUAUUCACAGAUGUUCAGUCUUUAUCUAGUUAGCUCUCCGCUAGGGAACAGUGAGUCCAAGAGUGUCCUACUGGCCAUAGUGUCUGGGAUAACUCACAGCAUAGCCCCUUAUGUCAGUGAGCUGCAUCUAAAGAAGUGUCUAUAAUCGUGCUGACUGUCUUUAUUAUAAUUCUAAAAACUGAUCCUAGAUCAGCACUUCUACUCUGAGACGCUUUAUCAAUACGGGCCCCGGUGACUGGUAAGGUCAUCUAUCGUGAAUGUGGCUAGAGAGAAGACGUGAUGUGAGACAAGCUAAUGAAAGUUAACCGGCUCCUCUGUCUUCUCCUGUGUAUGUCAGACAGUAUGUUUGUGUGUCUGGUAAUGUUAAUGAUGUACUCCUGUGUGGGAGUUGUUCUGGGAUAGUGGCUCACUAACUACUUGGCAGGACCUAGCUCAAGACUCACACAUUUCCUUUUGAAUUCCAGUCAACUUGGGCUGUACUCUCACUGACUACAUUUUCAGUAUAAAUCUGUCCUGGGGAAAGUUGCUGGGCAGUUUGGCUGUUGAGUUUCAGUCAAAGUUAUUUGACAAUAAAAUGUAAUUUCACCUCAACAUAUAGGCUACUAUCUCCCCACAGAAAGCUGAGCUGACUCUGCUCAAGCAUGGAUAGCGCAUCCCAGUGUCUGAUUGGAAUCUUCCUACUAAAACGCUAAAAUUCUGUCAGGCAGUGUUCCUUCUGCGGUUCCUCUGUUGCUUCUCGUCCUCCACUGAGUUCCUGUCCCGUUCUGUCUAUCCUCCAGGUGAGGAAGGGGGGUCCUGGCGGUCCGACACCCUAUGGAGGACAGCACCUCUCUGGCUCCAUGGAGAUGGGGAGGUACAUGGUAAGACUGGCUGGCUGUCGCCCUCCUUUACAGUUGGUCAACUCAUCUGUGACUUUGUGUUAUUAGGCUACUUCACGACCAACCCCAGACCGUGACGGCUCAAACAUUCAGUGGCGUCUUAUGAACGCUGAUACUGACUGACACUGUUUUAUAGACCAAUAUGAGCUGAUACAUUGCUGAGGGUUGUAUUUUGUGGCUUAGUGUAAAUGUUUGUGUGAAUGGCUUGCUUCUGGUUGGUUAAUAAUGGCCUUGCCGUACUCUCACUCUCUACUGCUACCUUUGAUGAUGAUAAGGUGUUCUGUUUGUCCACAGGGCCCUAAAGGAGAGAAGUACGGCAGUGGUACAGAUAGUGACUAUGACAACACUCAGACGUAUGAGCUGUCACUAAGGUAAGGCUGGGGUGGUGGGGGGAUAUCUAGAGCAGAUGGCUGGCCAGUGACCGGGUCAUUCUGGAGUCUCCACCGACGUGUAGCAGGGGCAGACAGGCCGGGCUCUGAGUCUACCUAGACAUCUAGCAGACUGGCUGACUUAGUCUUUGUCAAGGACAUAUUUACUGUGGUGAUUACUUCAGAGAUGCUUACCUCUCUGCUCAAUGUGGGAAUUGCAGGCUAAUGUAGAGAUUGUACUGAUUGUGUGUCCUACAGUAGGGGGCGCAGCAGUGAAGAGGAGGGCCGGGGGGAGUCGGAGGAGUGGGGUGAGGGGGGUGAGCCGGACCCUACCCUGCCCUGCACCGAAGACGUCAUCCUCAAGACGGAGCAGGUGACCAAAAACAUCCAGGAGCUUCUGAGGGCCGCACAGGAGUUCAAACACAACAGGUAGCCCCUGACUACGAGACUCACUCUAUGACACAGUCAGACUGAGGCUUACGUUGUAUCUAUGGUGGUAACAAGAGGUUGUCUUAUGUUCCCCAGUUUCGUUCCAUGCUCUGAGAAGAUCCACUCUGCUGUCACUGAAAUGGCCUCCCUCUUUCCCAAGGUAAGGUUUUGCUCUCUAUCUCUCCCUCUUUCUAGAAUUUCCAUAAAGAUUCCGUAUUGUGUGAAACUGCCACCACCAGUUAUUAUUGUUAUUAUUAUUACAACAACAAAGAAGUUGCUUCAAACAAAGAACACUGUUUAUUUUAGUUUUUUUGCAUGCGUGAUAGAACAGCAGAAUAUGUACUGCACAAUUUUUGGGGACCAAAUACAGAUUCUAGCUUUAAGCAGUAAGUGUUGUGUCCUCUGUGUCUAACUUUCCCUCUCUCUCCCCCCCACCCCUCUCUCUCCGUCUCCCCUCAGCGGCCUGCUCUAGAUGCCGUGCACUGCUCCCUGCGCCUCCUGGCGUCCAGCGCCUCCCGCCUCCAGGUGGAGUGUCGCAAGGCGGCACCCUCGGACCCGUCAGCGCCCGCCGUCGACUACCAGCUGCUCACCCAGCAGGUCAUCCAGUGCGCCUAUGACAUCGCCAAGGCCGCCAAGCAACUGGUCACUAUCACCACCCGCGAGAAGAAACAGUGACGGAGUAGAAAGGGGACGGACGGGGGAGGGCGGAGUGGAGCUGCAAGACUGACAGAGGGAGCAGGAGAGGGAUGGAGGUAGCCUCAAUUUCCAAGCUUCCUAGUCAAGUGAUGAACGAGACUUGGAAGGUUGGCAUCUCAAGGGAGAGCGAAAUGCCAGCCAAGGGGAGAAGCUAUAUUGGCUGCAGACCGAAAAGAAGAUCUCUGAGGAUGAAUAAAGAUGAAAUGAGAGGAAUUGAAGGUAGGGAAUGAAGAGCGGGUGGUAAUAUUAUAUAACAAUAGAGCGAAGCUGAGAAAUGGCUGCGGCUCUCGCUACUAUACCCGUGUGGACUGAGAGUGCAGUUCUGCGGGGGAGGGGACGCUAAGGAGGAGGAGUGUGGACCAUUGAGACAGUAAUUGCAUGCGGGGGAUGGACACAGCACAGCACCAUAGCAGCUCAGCUCUCAUCAUCUCACUAUGAUCUCAGUCCAUCAUUCCUUUGGAGGGGAGAUCCCUUUACUACAACACCCCUCUCUGUGCAGCGCCUCAAACCCUCAUGUGACCGAGGCAGGCUGGGGCUGGGGCUGGGGCUGGGGCCGGGGCCGGGGCCAGUCGGUGUGGCCUACAAGGGGGCCAGGCCUUGGAAAUGAUCCACCCUGCUCUACCCCUCUCUCUCUCAGACACCACCUCCACUAUAGUCCCAGGCUCUGCUAAGGAGAGGAGGGCCCUUGCUACCCCCUCAGACCCCCUGGUACACUACAGCAUGUCUAGGCAUCAUGGACAAACUACUAGGUGAUGUUUAUUUUUUUCAUGUAUUUUUCUUUUUUAUGCCAAUCCGUUGGCCUGUACCUCUGGGGACAAUAAUUACUGACUGAAGAAAAAAACACUUACACUGGAAUUAUUGUGAUUAUUAUUAUACUAAUUGUUUUGUAUUAUUUUUACGGUCAUGAAUUACACUUAUCAUGAAUGUUUAUUUUGACGUCGUCUUAUGUAUGAUGGUUCCUGUUUAGAGGACCAGGGAGAGCUGUGAGAAUACUCGCUCACCUUCUGUCUGACUGGGUCUUGACAUAUGCGCACACACACUAACUUGUGAAAUGGUCCUCAAACACUCCUGGAGCAGUCCAAUUCCUCCCGGGUGACAUUUCAGUUCUUAUUUCCUAUAGAUUUUUUGGAUUUCUACCUAUCAUGUUCUAAUAUGUCAGUAGCCAAGGGGUUGAACAAAUGCCAAAGGGGUAGGGAAGGGGUAUAAUAUGCUAUCAGUAGAAUAAUCCCUGGAAGCGGCAUUACAAGGAAGUGGGUAUAUUAUACAACCAUUGGCUGCUUCAGUCGCUAGACUGGCACUACAGUGGGAUCCAUACAAAGCUCGCUCUUAAACAUAUGCCAACUUGAGGCAGACUAGCUAGAUUGGGAACAAAUGUUUUGUCAAAACGACAAACAGCACUUGUUGUGGGGGCACUGGGGAAGCUGCGCUAUACUCUGCUAAACAAAUUAACGGUCACACUAAGCUAAGUGACACACGCACUCCACGUAUUUAGUUUGAUAUCUUAGCUUCAAGGACUUUAGUGAUUGUGUGUCAGAUGGAUCUGGGUCAUGUUAAUUAGGAACUAAACGGUUGAAAACGGACUGAAACAGGGAGAGACUACUUGGACCCACCCCCCACACACACACAUAAAUUACAUACACACGCACGGCUUGUGUGAUCCUGGACAACUGAAAGCGCUUCCAUGUUAGCUUGACUCAUGUUCACUUAGCAACGGGGUCCCGCCGUGUCACUAUCCGCCUGACUGUGCUCUCAUGUGUUCACGACAUUUAAUGAACCUGUAGGGGGUGAGAUCUUUUAUCUGUUCCCCGUCAAAUCAUGUCCAAAAAAAUGUCAAAUGUAACGUUCCGAUCAUGAUUGCCUUUGCACAUCUCACGCUAGACUGGCUUAAUACUCAGUGAUGUUGUAGCAUUUUGGGUUCCUGCAGUUCAUUAUCUAUUGCCAUCUCACACACACACAGACACACUGGGCCAGUAUAAAAUACUUUCUUCCCCAUUACAAUGUCCUCUUUUACCUCUCAGACAACCUGUUUUAUAGAAUACAGGCCUAUAUGUAAACAUAUUUUCAUGCUAUUUUUUUAUUAAGCUAUAUGUUCGUAUUGUGUUUGGGAGAUCGGAUCUAUUUAUGCUUGCUGUGGUGGGUUCCAGGCCUGAGGGGGGGAAGUGAAUAGGGUCUGAAGUCUGCCGCUGGUUAGCACUAAACUCAUCUCAAGUCUGAGGGGAAAGGGCUAUUGCACAAUGCUACGCCUUUCCCCCUUCUUCUUAGUGGACACUUAGAAUAGGGUCCCUUUUUAGUGGGAAUGUUGGGAAUGUUAGACACGUCAGUCUGACUCCAUGUUGUGCACAUGUUCACACAUGCAUCCCGAACACACACACACACACACACACACUGGUCAUCAUGUUGUUCAGACAGUGGCACUGCACUGUGCCCUGUUUUCUUCACCUGGGAGAUCAGUGAUGGGAGAAUAUCUUUUAACAGAAGUAAAAACUGUAAAAAGUAGAACAUUGAAAAAGGUCAAUCGUAAUAGAAACUCAUAAGCUGUACAUUUCUAAUAAAAAACUAAAAAACUAGUGAAUUGUCUUAAAUUUGUAUUUUUUGUUUAGUUCGAGAUUGAAACCUCCAUCAGGAGGUAAGCCAAAGGCUGUAUCAAAGCACCGUUCUGGGUAAGCUGUACAAACUACAGUCUCUCACUUUCUCUCUCUGGUUCAUGUAGUCACACAUGUAACGGUCCUCUUGGUGUGAAUGAUUUCACAGGUUGUUAGUUUUAUGUCUGAAGUCUUUAACAUUUAAUCACAGCUCAUUACAUAGUAAUGGCAUACUGUGUGUCCCAAAUGGUACCCUAUUCCUUUUAUAGUGCACUACUUUGACCAGAGCCCUAUGGGCCAUAAUCUCGGUUAACCCAGAACUAAAGUGUCACGUAAUUAGUCAGAUGCUCGAUUAAAUUCUGGGUCCAUACGUGUUAAGAGAAGAGAUGCUAGAAAGAGCGGAUCCCUCUCUUCUCAUGUUACGGGCCGAAUGUUCCCUCAUUCCAAAGUAUGAAAGAUGCGAACACCUGCGAAAUCGGGAUUUGUACAAAUAACCAGUGAUGAGAAACCAAACACCAGAACUACUGCUGCUCGUUGUCCUACACAUCCCAUUCAGUCCCGACAGAUUCUCUCCGUUUACACGCAUCAUUUUCCACGAGAGAUUAUAUAUUAAAAAGUAGCGCACUACUUGAUACGCAAACACACUAAUGGUCCGAGGACGUGAUGUUGGACACGCUGAAGCCGGUUAGGGACAGACAUUUACCAUUUCAAUGCAAGCAUCCCAAAUGGCACACUAUUCCCUAUGUACUGCACUACUUUUGACCAGGGCCCAAGGGAGCCCUAAAGUUUCUAUUGACAGCCAAUCAUUGAGAGAUACACUGAGUGUACAAAACAUUAAGAACACCUGCUCUUUCCAUGACAGACUGACCAGGUGAAUCCAGGUGAAAGCUAUGAUCCCUUAUUGAUGUCACUUGUUAAAUCCACUUCAAUCAGUGUAGAUGAAGGGGAGGAGACAGGUUAAAGAGGGAUUUUUUAGGCUUGAGACAAUUGAGACAUGGAUUGUGUAUGUGUGCCAUUCAGAGGGUGAACGGGCAAGACAAAAGAUUUAAGUGCAUUUGAACGGGGUAUGGUAGUAAGUCCCAGGCGCACCGGUUUGUGUCAAGAACUGCUGGGUUUUUCACACUCAACAGUUUCCUGUGUGUAUCAAAAAUGGUCCACCACCCAAAUGACAUCCAGACAACUUGACACAACUGUGGGAAGCGUUGGAGUCAACAUGGGCCACCUGAACCCACCUGCCACCCUGUCGUAGUCCUGCUUGGGGUCAUGCCAGUACAUGCUGGGCGUUGUGCGCCACUGGCGGUAGAGGCGCGUGUGCAACACGGACAGUACCAGCAGCACCAGGAGGAAGCCCAACGCUGCCGCCGCCCAUACCGCCUCGUCUGUCCGCGGAGUGGGCGGCAUCCUGUCACUGGGUCCAGCCGCAGCGCCCUCUAGCAGAGCUACAGUCUCAGCGCACUCGCAGUGGCCCACCCUACCAUCACAGUCUGCUCUCCUGUCUUGGCUGUUAGCCUGAGUGACAGCCAGCCGCUUGAGCUGAGUCUGAGACAGAGGCUUUUUCCUCUUGGUUGGAGACUUACGGUGCUGUGUCUGUCCCUCGUGUCCGCAGCUCUUCACCCCUCUCUCCUGGAUGUCUCCAGUUUAACCGCUCUGCCUCUUGUCCUCUGCCUCGUUGUGGUUCACCCAGUCUCUUUCUCUCACUUUGCCUCGGGGCUCUUUUUCAUUAGUGUAAUUUUCUCUGCGGUGAGGUUGAGUCACUUUGAGUGUUCGGUCCGUGCCUCUCUGUGUAGCCCUCACUGUAGCUGGGCCCUGUGCUUCAGGCUUGAGUGUGGUUCCAUGUUUCUGGACUCUGUUCUGCUCGGUUCUGUCCAGGGUAGUCCUGUUGAUCUUGGUGACUGCUUCUCCUCAUUCCUGAGUGCAGCUCGGCUCUUGUGGACCCUCCCUCUGCCCCAGUCUGUCACCUCCAACCGUCCAUCCAGGAGCAGAGAGAGGGUCUCCUCACAGCACUGCCUCAGAGACUGGUGAUGACCAACAAAAAGGCACACUCAGUAAAUCAUACAAACAGUCAAAUCAUUCUACGACAGCUUCAGGACAUCAUGUUACUUUACACCAAAGUAUUCAAAGUCGGGGUCGCGACCCUGGUUGCGGGGUAAUUGUAGUGGGUUCGCCAAACACCUAAAAUGUAUAUAUUUUCAGACUACAGAUUAUUUUAUGUAUAUUGGUUAUUUUAAUCUGGAUAAGAGAUGAAAAUGUAAUGAAUUGAAGGUUAUUUGUUGAUGUGAAAAUCUAAAUGUACAGAUUUGAAGGUUGUUUCAUUAGAUUUGAAUACUUUCAAACGUUCAAACAUGCAGUGCCCUCUCCUCUCUCUGUCUUCUGGCUCACCUUUUGCUUUGGUUAUGUGUGUUUGUGAUCUGCAGGAUUGGUCAACAGCAAGUUAUACUUCCUGCUUUGACCCACAUCGCCACGGUUACCGCGUGCCGCUGUCAACUGCAGCCAAUCACAGACCUCCGGCAUAGUCACCUGGGACAGCUCCAGCGUGCGACCCCAGGACACCAGCGCUAACGGCUUCAACAGGAGAGAGAUUCAGUCACCACAGGGUCAUGUUCAGUAGGCACCAGACGGAAGAAAACUGAUAAGUGCUAUCUGUAUUUAUCCAAUAAGAAAUGCUUGUUUUCCCCCUUGUUUUGUAACUGUGUGCCCUAAUGAACUUUGUCUAUGCAUCUGUUGGGGUGUCAAUUGAAUGCCCUGCUGUCAUAGUAGACAUGGUUUGUGAGGAGGUGUCUGUUUUCAGUGUAAUCUAUCAUCAGGGUCAACUAAGCCACUACGGAGUGCCAUUGUGGGUUUUCUAGAAUCCUAUUGGUAAGGAGAUGGUUCCCUUGGGAUUUCAGCACAUCUAUUGGGAUAUCAGCCAGUUCACAAGCUAGUACAGAGUAGAUGGUAAAUUACUUCUACUGAUAUCUUAGUGUAAGUAAAGGUAAUGUUUCCUUUGAGAUUGAGUCACCCGGUGUGUGCUGAGGUCAGGGUGUUUCGUUAUGAUGUGGUCAGACAGACAGCAGCAGGUUGCGCUGACGAACAGGAGCACACGGACGGUACAACAACACUGUUGCUCCAUGCUGCAAACACACACACAUCAUAAGUAGAGACUGAUUAGAGUUGGACAAUCUGUUAUGGCAAUACUGGACUAAUGAAACAUAUUAGCUAUCUGUGUGUGUGUGUGUGUGUGUGUGUGUGUGUGUGUGUGUGUGUGUGUGUGUGGACGUGUUUAACUAUUCUUGUGGGGAUCUGACGUAAACUAACAAAAAGUUGACCAACUGGGGACAUUUUGUUGGUCCCCACAAGGUCAAAUGCUAUUUCUAGGGGGUUUAGGAUUAAGGUUAGAAUUAGGGUUAAAAUUACCGUAAGGGUUAGGGUUAGGAGCUAGGGUUGGGUUUAGGGUUAGGGUUAAGGUUAGGUUUUGGGGUUAGGGAUAAGGUUAAGGUUAGGGUAAGAGUAUGGGUUAGGUUUAGGGGUUAGGGAAAAUCGGAUUUUGAAUGGGACUGAAUUGUGUGUCCCCACAAGGUUAGUUGUACAAGACUGUGUGUGUGUGUGUGUGUGUGUGGUGUCAUGGUUUUAGUGGUUACCUGCAGGUUGUUGAGCCAGCGUUGAGGGGGGCAGUACAGGUACUCUCCACUCUCUGCCCCUACAGUCCGGUGAGCGCCACUAUACAAACCACACACAUAAUGGCAGUACAGUAAAUGGCAUGCAACACAGGAAUUGACAUUAAGCUCUCAGAGGCACUUGCCCAUCAGGCAGGUCAGGAGCAGUUUUUAUUUAUGGUUAUGGUCACUUGCCCAGAAAAUGUAUUUGGCUGUUUACAUACAGAUUUAUUACAUUGUCACAUUAAAGAGUUAUUACAAAGUCAUAUACAUGAAAAUAUUUUCAUGAGAAAUGGAGCGCACAUUUAACAGCCUGUCAUAUUUAACUGGCAAAAUGGGAUUUGACACGUUCCCAGGUGAGUGUGUAUUGUGUGUACUUGGUGAUGUAACACUUCCUAUGUGUGUGUGUGUGUGUGUGUGUGUGUGUGUGUGUGUGUGUGUCCACAGCAUCUUACCUCUUGGGGAUAGUGUGAUUGUAGGUGAUGGGUGUCCAUGCAGACGUGUUCAAUCGGCUGAGGUCAGACAGGAAAAGAGGACAGACUUAUGUACCAGCGCCAUGAGCAGAUCCAAAUGUAAUGAAGAGACCUGGCGUGAUUUCUCAUUCUACAUGUCAGAGAGGUAUGUUUAAUACAGUUCUAUGUGAACGUUCUGCAACGUUGUGCCCUGCUGAAUGGCGCCCAGGACUACGUCAGCAUCCUAUCCUUCCAGACAGAAACACUGUGGUAUUUUGUCUUGUUGUUGUUGGUGCAGACGUGCCCUAAGUAAAUGCCUCUCAGGGAUAAAUCUUUUUAUUUUUUAUUAUUGAAUUAAAUUUAAUUAAACAAUCAGGUUAUGCGCCCUCUCUAGCAGUAAAUGAGCUGGUGGCUCUUUAUAGUAUAUUUGUGUAAAGAAUCAGUCGCUUCAAAGACUUAUCAGUAAUAGCUACACUGGGAUCUAAGGGUUUGGAAAGAAUGCGUUCAUAACGAAAGAUCAUGCUAGCUCAUUGUGUUUUCUGUUUGCCAAGUUGAUUGAUUUACCUGCGGGGGAUACUUUGUGUCAAUGCUAGGAAUCUUCUGCAAACAGAGGAGAGAGACCUGGUUUACACUGUGUUUCAGCAAUGGAUUUGCAUGGGAAAAUGCACACAACAAAUGCACAGUAUUAAGCCAAGUGAACAAGAUAAAUAGGCUACAUAAUCAUCAAUGCUCAAGUUUGUGUUAAGUGAACAUGUAAUUCACGCUUACAGUAGUUUACUACCAGUAUGUAUGUUUGUUAUGUGGAACAGUGGUUCAAUAGUUCAAGUGGCUUGCUCCAUGGUUACCUAGGUAGUGGACUCUGUCCAGGAAAUCACAGGACAGCUCCACACAACUGAGGGGGGCAGGUCUCUCCCCAGGAAGAGCUGUCAGUCACAGAAAACACAUCAUACUGAUACAAAACGGUCAGUUUGCUCGCUGUCUAGAGUGGUAACAUACAAUCGAUGGCACAUAUAUUAACCAUGUCAUUGCAUUGAUGUGAUAGCUAUGGUUUUUCUUCAUUAUCGCUAUGCAGAUUGUCUAGCUAUUAUCCUUGAAGCAGGCAAUACAAAGUCAAGUGAAGAGACUUUAUGGCUGUAUAAAAUAGUCCAUAAUGAUUCAUAGUGUACCUUGCCAUUGUCACAGGCUUGCCACAUCGACCUGGCAGCACGAGACAGAACCAAGAACAGCCACAGUCCUGACAGCAGAGUCGCAACCGGCGUAGAUAUUCUGCUCCACACAAUGGAGAGUGCGCGAGUCACCGCGCUGUGA